CGAAGACGUCGACUGAUUCCGUGACCAGCCAUCCAUUACCCGCCAGUCGCUCAGUUCCUCUUCUCCUUCGUGUUCUUCUUCUUCUUCUUCUUUGCUGUAGCAGACAGAUCGAGGAGCCGCUUGUUGUUUGAAGCAGUCGCUCAGUUCCUCUUCUCCUAAGAGUGGCGUUUCACUUCUGCCUUACUGAUUAGUUCACCACCUUGUUGUUUUCGUUAGCAGACAGAUCGAGGAGCCGUUUGUUGUUUGAAGUGGUCGUUUGUUGGAAGAUUACGCUGUAAACAUGACUCCGCGUAGUGUUCCAGCAGGUGCUUUCGAGAUGGCAAUUCCAGUGCCAGUACAGAAGGAUGGCCACGAAGUCAGCGCGGUGAAGAAGCCGUGCCUUCAGCCGGUAGAGGCGGUCCUUAAGGUCGCCAACCCGGGUCCUUUGGGCCUGACUGCCUUCGCUGUUACGACCUUCACUCUGUCUAUGUUCAAUGCUGGUAUCUUGCCUAGAUCACUCGAGAAGGUCGCUGUUCCCCUGGGUUAUUUUUAUGGAGGGUCUGUGCAGGUGCUGGCUGGACUUGCUGAGAUAUUCGCUCGGAAUACUUUCGGCGCCACCGCGUUCUGCUCUUAUGGCGCAUUUUGGAUUGCUUUUGGCUAUUAUGUGAUGGAGAUCGUUCCGAGCUUCGAUGCGCCGGAAAAGGAGAAAAUGCACCUCGCCACAGGAUUGUUUUUGUUCACGUUCACGGUGUUCACGACGUACAUGGCCAUCGCCUCAACAAGGACGUUUCGUGCGCUCACCGCCGUCUUCGUGUGCUUGGCUCUCACCUUCUUCCUCCUCACGAUCGGCGAAUGGGCAGAGUCGGACGGAGCCAAGAAGGCCGGUGGCUACUUCGGGAUCGUCACGGCCAUCCUGGCCUGAUGUGGCUUUCUAGCCCGUGUUUGGAAUUACGCGAUCGUGGUUGCGGAGUUCUAAUAGGUCACGCCGAUCGGUUGACAAAAAAUAGAAGUAGCGAGUGCGAGAACACCCUGAGCGGGGUGAAGCUGCACUUAAAUUCAAUUAAGUGAGGGUCAAGAAGUUUUCUCGCUGUAUGCAAGGGACGAUGGAGUUCUGGUUUCCAGCAGCUGCAGCUUCCCAUUAUCAGAAAGGAGCCAUCUACAUCGGCUAGACCUCGACCUGGCUGGGGGUCCCCUACUAACCCCGGGAUAACAGCCUACCUAAAUGAUAUCAUGUUCUUGUUCGAGAACAGUAGGAAAAAGAGGCUACGUUUCGUCUCGUAACAAUGACAGCUGAGAUUUCUUUGGUGGCCGCUAAUUGUUGCUUAGAGUUAGUGUCAUUCUUUUCUCAAGCUCGCUAGUCUCGAGCUUGUUUCCUAAUCAAAGGCAUUUCAAUUG